GUGAGGGUUUGGUGUCUUGUUUCUUGGCGGUUGUUAUUGUUGUUGUGUUGACACUUGAAACGCCGGACGCCGGGAAGGGAAGCAACAGUCACCUAGAAGCCGUGUUUGUGUUCUGCUGUCUCGGGACUUCUCCGCCCAGCCUUGGUGGAUCAUGCUCUCGCCAACGGGGACAGUGCUGACGUGAGAGUUUUCGCCUUCUUGCUUGCCGGUGACAAGGAAAAUCUGCAAACGCGUGUCGUCUUGGCUUCGUUGCAGGGUUUGCUGCCCCAUGCGCGACGGCAUGGACCUGUUGAGGCAUCCGCGCGCCGGUGCAUGGGGAGUGGCGGAGGACAGCACGGACUACGAGAAGAAGAGCCUCCUGGCGACGGUAGAGAUCCUGCGCGCGGAGCUGCUGGCUAGAGACGCCCUGGUGGAGAGCCUGCAGCAGGAGGUGAACAUGCUCCACAGCAUCAAGAGGACGAGCCCCGUGGCCGUGGCGCCCAGACAGAAACGCGCGGCAGCGAGGGGCCUGCAGCUGGACGACCUUCCGGACGGCCUGCUGCUGCGCGUGUUCACCUACAUGGACAAGCUCUUCCUGGCCAACGUGAUGAGCGUGGUGUGCAAGCGGUGGCGCGGCCUGGCGCGGGACCCGUCGCUGUGGUGCGACGUGCAGCUGACUUACAGCAACCCUGAGGGUUUAUCGUAUCGCGCCCGUCUGUUCGCGCGUGCCCUGGAGGCGGCCCCUGCCGUGGACACGCUGGAGUGGGGCUUCUCGGAGGCGGACCCGCCAGCGCUGCGCUACGCCGUGGAGAACUGCAACACGGGGGCGAAGCACCUGUGCGUCAACCUGGACAGUGCCGCCCCCGAUGCGGUGCUGCGGCUGCUGUGGACCUCGAGGAGGGUCCUCACCGUCUUCUGCCUCCGCGAGGGACCACUGUCGGCGUCGUACUUCUCGCCCAGUCAGGCCAGCAGGUUCUGGGAGUUGAUCGGGGACGCGCCGCAGCUGCAGUCGCUGGUCCUGUUCCUGAGCCAGCGGAGUGGGCUGGCGUCGUGCAUGCACGCCUUCAGGGCCCUGCCGGCGACGCGCUCCUCCCUGCGCACGCUGUUCGUGGACGUGGGCGUGCUCGACGUGGACGACUCGCACGGCGAGCUGGGCGUGACGCUGCAGCUACUCAUCCGGGCGCACCAGCACACCCUCGUCGACGUGCACCUGCCCAUGCGGGUGGGCACGCCGGGGGCACUGCUGGCCGCGUCACGUUGCCCCGCGCUGCGCGUGGUGAGCACGCCGGCCUCCGCGGACGUGAAGACGCUCAAGAGCGCCCCCAGCCUGCGCGAGCUGAGGCUGACGGUGGGCAAGCCGUUGUUGUCCCACUACUACCUGCUGCAGGACGUGGGCCAGCUCCAGCACCUGACCAAGCUGCGCCUGGUGCAGCUGCCGCCGAGGACUGCUGACGACCUGGGGCUGGCGGCUGGACUGCUGGCCGUGCUGACUCCGCAGUCGGCGCUGCGCGAGCUGGCCAUGACGUGCCUGCCGCCCUCCGCCGCGCUGGACAGGCUGUGCGUGCUGCCGCUGGCCGCCCCGCACCUGGAGGAGCUCAAGGUGCGGCAGUCGUGCGGCGACGCGGCAGACGGGGGGUGCCGCCUGCCCGCCGUGCGCCGCCUGGUGCUCUGCCGCCCCGGCCUGCACGUGGUGCUGGAGAGCGUGGCCGUCUCCGACCGCUGCUGCGACUACCACCGCGACCUGGAGGCUCUCCGGCCUGAAGUGCCUCUCACCUACGUCGGCCACCCCCGGGACGGCUGCUGCGUCGAGCGCCUCAAGUCCGUAGGCACGGUGCUGCUCCUCGCCCCCGAAGGAGCCCGACACACCCAGUGGUGCGAGGUCGCCGCCGACGGCACUGACAUCCCGUGCAGGCCGCUCACCGGCGACGCCUACCCCGCUUCGCUCGAGGAAACGACCCCCUUGGAGGAAAUUACACCCUUGCCCGAGGACGCCCCUCUUUCACCAGACGUCCCUCCUUCACCUUCGAGCACGACCACAGGCUUGAAGGCAUUCUUGGGCCCCAUCAAGGUGUCCAUCCCGUUGUACAAGGUCAACUUCAGCGGCUGUGCCGAAAUCACGGUGAACGACACGUCCAAAGAAAACGUGCUGAUGGUGGCUGAUUCGAACCAAGAUGUCACCGGAGCUGCAAACAGUUGCGGCGAGGCUCCCGUCGACGCAUCAAUGGAGGACUCCAUCCAGACUCCCACCAGGACCUCCAUCCUGGCCGCCAAAGAGGACCCCGGCCCCAUCGACAAGCUUGUCGACGCACCCGUCGACGCCCCCCGGGACACUCCCACGGGCACUCCCACGGACACGCCCACGGACACUUCUGUGGACACUUCUGUGCACACUUCUGUGCACACUUCUGUGCACACCUCUGUCGACACUUCUGUGGACACCCCUGUCGACACUUCUGUGGACACCCCUGUCGACACUUCUGCGGACACCCCAUUCGACGCCCCCGUGGAGGCCUUUGUCCAGACCCCUUUCUCUGCCCCAUUCGCAAUCUGGAACGAGGCCCCCGUCGAAGGCCCCCUUGAGUUGCCUGCAGAGUCGACCGUCGAGGCCUCCUUCGAGUCCCCGCCCCAGAUUCCAAACUAUGCUGCCGUUGGGUUCUGGAACGAGGUUCCCUUCGAGAGGAGCGUCGAAGCAUCACCUGAGGUAUCCGCCGAGACCUCGAUGCAGGAGGCUGAGGACAAGACUAAUGCCCUCCAGCCCAGCAGGCGGAACUCGACAAGAAGUUGUCGGCGGGCUUCGUACAGAGACUGCUACGACUACUGCAGCGCCCAUUACGCGUUCACUCGCAAAAUGAAGGUCGGCAAGCUGGGCAGCACAUCGCGCAGGCCCAAGGCUGCCAAGGCUGGGACGCCAAGUUCGUCAGGUUCGCCCUGCCUGCCUUCCUCGACAGAGUCGCUUGGGUCCUGCCCGGCCACCCCCGAGUCGGUAGCCACGGCCGUCAACCUGAACCACGCCACCCCCGAGCCAGUGGCCCCGGCCGUCAACCUCAACCAGGCCAGCCCCGAGGCCCGCGAGCCGGUGGUGCCGGCCUUCAACCUCAACCACGCCACCCCCGAGCCGGUGGCCCCGGCCGUCAACCUCAACCAUGUCACCCCCGAACCGUUGGCCUCGGCCCUCAACUUCAACCCGGCCACCUUCGAGCCGCUCGACGAUGGCGACGAGCUGCGUGGCUUUGUGGCUCAGCAACCUGUUGCGCUCAGUCCUUCUUCCACCCGGUCCACCCCGACCUAUGCAUUCUUGGGCUUCAAUAAUGAAAGCCCCUCCCCCUCGCCCCCCGACCAGAAAGGCUCCACCUCGUCGGAGGCCCUGCAGGCCGUGCAGGCCGUGCCCUCCCCGUCGUCGACCUUGACCGUCCUCAGCAGCGCCUUUGCCUCGGUGCUCGUCACGGUGCUCCCCGAUAUCCCCUCCUUUGAGGGGGUGCCGUCCGGGGCCUCUAGAGCGCGCUGGCAAAUCGACGCCGAGGGCCACGCUGGCACGACGGACCGCGCGGGCUGUGCCCUGUGCCCGCAUUCUGCGGAGUGGUGCCCCCACCGCGACGAGCUGCGACGCCGGCCCAGCACCGGGGCCAGCUCCGGGCCCAGCCAGGACGAUGACAUGGAGUGCGAGUCCUAGAUUAAUUCGUCCUAGUAUUGUACACUGUUGUGUGGCCGAACUGACUUACGUUACGAAUCAUGAGGCUGUGUUGCCUUUCUACCUCAAGAAUCUUUAAUAAUUGUUAUCAUUAUUAUUUUUUGUUGUUAUUUUUGGCUUGAGGAAAAUGUUUGUUUUCCAUAUCCUGUAUGUCCUGUAUUCUCAAGACAAGCUCGCUGCCCAAUAUUGUCUGUUAGCGGAAAGUUUUGUUUUCCUUAUUCUGAUGUGUGACUUAUAUUCAUUGUUUUGUGGCAAAGUUGAGUGAUUCCUAAGUUAAGCAUGAUGUGUGUAAUUUUUCUUCGUUUUCUUUUUGUAUUAUGGAGGAAACUGGUCUUUCUGUAUCCUUGCACUUUGAGCCUCAAUUAUACAUUGUCUGAAAGCAGCUGA